AUGCAUGCGCCUACCGUGCCGUCCGGCCCGACCAGCAACGGCCUCACUAAUGGCAACGUGGGGCAUUUGAGCUUCGGGGAGCUCCAACGCAAAAAGGAAGCUUUGGAGGAAGAACUGAAGGCCCUGGGCGGCGUUCUCGAUUUGCACGGAGUAAACAUGGAAACACCUCUUGUCACCGGAGAUGGCUUUCCUCGCUCUGAUAUUGAUGUUGCUCAGAUCCGCACCACAAGAGCGAGGAUUGUCCGACUUAGAAAUGACUACAAGGAUCUCAUGAAGAAUAUCGAAAAGUACCUACAUCAGCAUUUCGCAACCCUGAGUGAAGGCGACGAAAAUGCCGUGCCAGCCUCAAGCACCACUCUCCCGCCUGUUUUACCCGACUCGCAAGCUGAUGCUUUGGACGAGGCCUUUGCAAAGGUCAACACUGUCGCCGUUGGCGGCCCAGCUGACCGCGCUGGUUUGAAAGAAGGCGAUGAGAUUCGCAACUUUGGAUACGUAAACAAAUCCAACCACGACAACCUUAAGAAGGUGGCUGAAUGUGUUCAAGGGAAUGAAGGGCGUGGCAUUUUCAUCAAGGUGUCCAGGGCUUCGGGCGCGGCUCAACGUCAGGAGUUGCGCCUAACCUUGACGCCUACUCGAAAUUGGGGUGGCCGAGGCUUGCUCGGAUGUCACAUCCUCCCUUUAUAA